UGCGAUAAUUAAUUAUCGAUAUCAAACAAGUAUGGUAGAUGCAAAAUAGUAUUCACUUUCCAUUUACCAUGAGCGAUUCUGACUCGGAGUACGAGGAAACCGAAUAUUUGGUGUACGCCGACUUUAAAAAUCAUCUGGCGCCCCAUCAACUGAAGCACGAGGAUGCUGCCAUCCGCAUAAUUGCCAUUGAGAGCGAAACACCCAUGGCCGAAAUAAAUGGAAACAUAUUCAAAGGAUCUUAUGAUAUGGCAUUGGGCACCAAUGUGUUCUUUGAGAAAGACACCAACAGCGUAUUCGGAGAUCCACUUUAUGAGCCAGUUUGUCGACAACAAUAUAAAUACGUUAAUAAAUCCGAUAAAGUCAUCAGUUUCGAGCGUGUCUACAUUGAAAACCUGCCACAAGAUAUUAAAGUAGAAGAGGAACAUCAGCCAGAGGAAGCUAAAUCACAAUCACUUAAGCUCAAUAUCAGCUACAGGGACGCAAUUAACAAAUUUGGCAAAGAGCAGUAAACUCAUAAUGGAGAACGUGCUCGAGUCCCCGCAACCACCUAUUAGCCUAAGGCAAUUUCUAGACGAAUAUAAAAACCAGCUAAACAGUUCAAAUGAGAACACAGACAAUAUUCCCUUUUAUUUUGCUGAGAAUUCACCGGUAUCGCCGGAUGUGGAAGCCAGCUGCUCGUUGCAAUUGCUGGCUACGUCGGACGAUAACCUGAUCAACGUAUUUGAACCGGGGAAUGAGAUGCGACGACACACCAGGCCAAAGCCACAAGCAGAUGACAAUGUGCCCAAGACCUACACGGCAAUAAAGGAGCAUAAGGAUUAUAAACCUGGCAAUCCGUUUGCACGCACACAAUACAGUUACCGUUUGAUUUCCGAAUCGCUGACCAGCGGUGAUCUAAAACCAAUGUGGUCCCUCCAGCAAUUCGAUCUGGCGAUAACAGUGCGCUUCUAUCGACCGCCACGUGCUUCGCAUCGGAACUACAAACUGGAGCGUCCAAUGUUUGCUGAGGAAUUCGUGUGCCUGGGCAGCAACUAUCUGACCGAGCUGCGUGACAAAAUCUCCUGCAUUUGCAACGGCAAACGGUUUGUGGAUAUUAGCGAGGAUCCGGAGGCGCCGCUGCCUGUGCUUGAUACAAAUCCCGGCUAUUUCUUUAUCAAUGACACAUUCUACAAUGAUACACGCAAUCCAAAUAAUUGCGACUACUCAAAAACGGUGCUCCAAUGGGCGCGCACAGCAAGUGGUUUCCAGGACGAAGGACUCAAGGUUGCAGCGAUGGAAAGUACACGGUUUCUGGAUCUCACCGUACGACUGGGCGCACCAUUGCAAUAUCUGCAUCAUGGCAAUUGCGAGCAUCUGUUUGUGUUCUCCCAGGUGGAGGUCGUCUGGCCUCAUAUCCUGUGCAGCAGCUCGUAUCCCUAUCUACGCGCCUUCAACCCUUUCAAUGGACGAGCGUGCUUCAUUUGCGGUAUACGCAGCUAUCAUUUCAUUGUGGAGCAGUCCCGCAGGCAGUUGCACGAUCCGGCAUAUUUGUGUCGCAGCUGUCACUACAGCUAUAACUAUGUGGAUGGCAAAAAGGUGGGGCAGUUUAGGGCUUAUCGUAUAUAUGAUAAUUCAGAGCGGUCCGAUGAUGAGGUGGCAAAACAGCUGCAGGAGAUAUUGGACAUAAGUGAUAACGGCAAUAACGAUAGCCAUUAAUUAUAUAUAUUUUAAUUUAAUUUCGUUUUGAUAAAAUAUAUGCAAACAUAAAUGAUUCAUACUGUUCGUUAAAUAAAACGUUGCCAAUACACAAUGUAACAAUAUAUAGUUAAA